CCCAACUCACCCAACUGUCUGUUUGUGUUCGAUUCUUUUAUCUUGGCCUUUCUUUCCGGUCAUCUCCGUUGUGUGACUGCGCGGCCCGAUUUUUAGCUCCGAUUAAAUCUUAUUCCAUCUUCCAAGAUGAAGAUUUACAAAGAUAUUUUUACAGGGGACGAAAUGUUUUCUGACACAUACAAAAUGAAACUUGUUGAUGAUGUUAUAUAUGAAGUGUAUGGCAAGGUUGUUACUCGCAAGUCUGGAGAUGUCAAAAUUGAUGGUUUUAACCCAUCUGCUGAAGAAACUGAGGAAGGAACAGUCGAAAAUGUCGAAUCUGGUGUUGAUGUCGUUUUGAAUCACAGAUUAUGUGAAACCUAUGCUUUUGGAGACAAAAAAUCGUACACGCUUUAUCUCAAAGACUACAUGAAGAAAUUAGUGGCAAAAUUAGAAGAAAAAUCACCUGAUCAAGUAGACAUUUUCAAGACAAACAUGAACAAAGUAAUGAAAGAUAUAUUAGGUCGGUUUAAGGAACUUCAGUUCUUCACUGGAGAAUCUAUGGAUGUUGAUGGACUUGUAGCUCUAAUGGAAUAUCGUGAUAUAGAUGGUCAAUCUGUGCCAGUACUUAUGUUUUUCAAGCAUGGCUUAGAAGAGGAGAAAUUCUAAAGCAGUUUAAAAUUGAAACAAUCGUGAAUAUGAAAUGAACUGCUGACUGUAAAAAAAAUCAGGCAAUUCCAUUGAAAGCAAGCCACAAGUAUUUUUUCUGGAAUGUGUUUUAUACUUCAACAUCAUUGAUAUUUUUAGAGGAAUUUAAUAUAUUGUACGUGUCCAAUGGUACAGUUAGCUCAGAAAAAUUUAAACAUCAUGAUUAUGAAAACGUUAUACACCGAUAUUUGAAUUCUCAUGCCAAUGUGUUCAUCUUUUUUGAACUAUAUGGGAAAGAUGAAAUAAGAAUUAAUAGUUAUCAGGUCGGCGAGCUAUCAUUAGCUUUUAUAAAAAUUAAAUAAAUUAAAAAAAACAUUUGUCCAAUAAUUUAAUAAAUUUUUUAAACAAUAA